AGGAAACGCUACACCAGGUGGUGGAGAACCAACGUGUCAGGGUAAAACCUCUACCCACACAGCCUGGGCACAAAGUGGGCAGGAGGGAACCAUGAUGGUCCAGUCCCCUGUCUUCCUUUGAACUAUAAAACUGAAGACAGGAUCUUGGUCUGGGUGGAAGAGACACUAUGAUCACAGAAUUCCUGUCCUUGCUUUGCCUCGGGCUUUCCCUGGGCUUUGAAGACGAGAAAAAGAAUGAGACACUGACCAGACCCUACCUCAGUGCCUUGCCCAGCCCAGUGGUGGAACGCGGAGGUAAUGUGAUCUUGAGGUGCCAGGGUCACUGCCAGAAUGUGACAUUCAUGCUGGGGAAGCUGCAGGACUCUAGGUACAGACAGGAGCAGAGAUCUGCAGGACAUGCAGCUGAAUUCUUCCUCACUUACCUGGAGCCAAAGGAUUCUGGGACAUACUUUUGUGCCUACAAGGCAAUGGACUCCCAGGAGUGGUCAGAGAAGAGUGAACAUCUGCAGUUGGAGGUCACAGAUGACCAGGAUAAACGUAGAGGUCCUCCAGAGGAAAAAGCAGCCACCGGAUCCACCAUUGCUGCCAUCUGUAGCUGCCUUUCCAUCUUGAUCCUCUUUCUCUCCAUCUUCUUCAUCAACAAAUGCACCCAAGAUGGUCCAUCACAUGAAGAAGAAUUCACCAAGAGAGCCAGCCACUCCCAAGUUCCCCAGCAGGAGGCUACGGAUUCACCCGACCUGGAAAGGAUAUCUGUCUCGGCUGAAAGACUCCCAGAGAGUGAGCUAUGCUGAUCGAAAUCCCAAGGCACCACCUGAGGCAGCUUCUUUCCCCGGAUGAGGAGCACCCAGGAUUCUUUGAACGUUCAGUGUUGCAGAAUCCCGGGAAGAAGGAGAACAGGGCUUAAGAUGGUGGAGAUGACUGGACACAUGGAAACCAGGUCACUGUGUGUCCUUGGCUCAGAGUCCACAGUAAUAAAAUUACAUUUCUGCCUUUUUGCUUCCA